UGUAAUGGUACGCUCCGUUGCCAAGGUGCUCGUGGAAGCCAGCUGGCUUCGCUUGUCGUCAACCGUUUGCUCAACUAGGAAUUAUUGUCACUCAGGGCAAUGAUGGAGCAGAAGAGAAAUCGAGACGAUAACUUUGGUACAUGAUAUCUGAUUGACAUGUGAGGGCAAAUCGGAGUCUUGAACCUUGAAUUAUCACCCCCCCCCCGCCCCAUCAUCCAACCACAGAAGUCAAGCUAUCACUGCCAGAUGCUUCUCCAUCCAACUUAAUGAGUCAUUAUGGACCGCAACGAGGUACAGACAGAGCUGGACCAGAUUUCCUUGUGGCUCCAGGAGGACGGCUUGCCUCCAGGGGCCAGUCCAGAUGAGCGCCAGCACCACCUCUGGCGGAGGCUCCUCGACACUGAAGCGGAGCUGCAGCUGUCUGCUCGGGAGCUGCAUUCUUUGCGCUCCCAGCAGGCCGUUGAGAUGAAGGAGAUGGACAGCUAUGUAGCACACAUCCGUGGGCUGCUGCAACAGCGUGAAUGUGUGACUGCUAGCUAUGAAAGAGACAAUGAAAAACUCCAACAAGAGCUGCUCCACAUCAGACAGCAACAAGAGAUUCAGAGCAAGGAGUUGGCAGAGAUGCUAGCACAGGAAGAUCUUGGGGAGAUGGGUUUGAGCAGCCCCAGUGAGCAGGUGGCUUACCUGUUGGUGGAGAGGGCAACACUGCUGGAGAGGCUUGAGGCUGCCGAGAGGAGGCUUGAGAGCCACAGCUUGUCUGGCAUCAUAAGGGAUGUUCCCAUCCAGGGUUCAUCUCAGACUCCAUGGAAGAAGCUGUUUGGGAUGCGCAGGUCUGCUCAGAACAAAAACAAUAUUACCCCUGCUCACAGUGAGGAGCUGUCCCAUGAGCAACAUGAACGGCGGCGGCUGGAGCGUGACUUGGAGGAGGCAUCGAGCAGGCUGGAGAUGGCUCAUCAGGAAAUCCGAAGGCUUAACAAUGAGCUGGAUGUGACCAAAAGCAACAGCCUUGAUCCUUGUGGGUCUGAGCUUCAGGAAACACUCGAAGAACUAGAUGUUCUGAAGAAAGAAGUGGACAAACUGAAACAGUGCGAUAUGAUGAAGCUGCAGCGAGCCAAAGAGCAAAGCGACAGGCUAGAUGCUGACAACAGAAGUCUGAGGGAGAGAGUGCGCUCUUUAGAGUCCGAGAAGAAAACCCUUCUUGAGCAGCUGGAAACAAAGGAUAUAGACCAAGAUGCUUCCCUGAAAGAGGAUGAGAGGCAAAACAACAAUUGCAGUGAACUACAGAACAUGUCUGGCCUUUCAACGAAAGAACCUGAUUCAACUCACAAACGCUGUCAUGCAAGGAUCGAGGACAGACUUGUUCAGGUGAGGGAGCUGGAGCGUCAACUCCAAAGGCAACGCAAGGAACAGCAGGAGCUGGAAGAGAGGAAUGAGGAGCUGGAGGCUUUGCUCGGUGAGGCCCAGAAUGCCAGCAAGGAAGAGAGGGUUCGCCAUGACGGAGAACUGGAGGGACUACAUCGCCGGAUCAAAAACCUUGAGGGAGAGAUGAAGAAGCAGGAGGCCCAAGAAAAGCUGUUAAAGAAUGGAGAAGAGGUCAAAACCACAGAGUCCUUCUUACAGCUGCACCUACGGGACAGCGGCCCGGAGAGAAUGGCUCUGCUGGAAGCUCGUCUGACUGAGGAGAAGGACUGGAGGAAACAACUGGAGCUGGACCUCAGCGUUGCUCAGGCUGCUUUGAAAAAAGAUAAGGAGGCUUUGCAGAUUGGUGAGAGAGAGCUAAAGAAACUGAGACUUGAAGUUAACAGUCUCCAAACUGAAUGUCAACAGGGGAAAACUCUCAUUAAGGGGCUCAACCAAGUCAAGGGAGAAAAGGUGGUUCUGGAGGAGAAGUUAGCUCAGAUGGAGCGAACUCAUUGUCGACUCCAGAUUGAGCUGGAGCGUCACAAAGACAAUAACCACACUCAUACGGACCUGCGGGAUAACAGAAUACAGGUGGCUCAGCUGCAGGAGUUGGCUGACAGGCUGACCAAAGAACUAAGCAGACUUCAGACAGAACACAACAUACUCAGAGAUGAAAUGGCCUCUGAGCAGCAGCAGGCUGCUGAUCUACAGGCUAAAUUGAGUGACAGUAUCCAGAAAAAGCUGGCAGUUGAAGGGCAAAGAGAGAAACUGGAGACUGAGGUGAAACACCUCAAUGAACAACUCCAGCAGCAUCACUUAGCACUAACCAGCAACCUGAAGUCACCUCAGAUAGUGUCAAGUUCUGCUCCAGUGGAAAAAUCCACAGAGAAAUGCUUGGAUGAGUCUCUGGCCGUAGUCCAGCAUCAGAGGGUAGAAGAAGCUAAACAUUUGAAGCAGGACCUGCAAAGAGUACAGACCCUUUUCACCUCAGCAGAACGAGAACUGCGUUAUGAAAAGGAGAAGAACAUGGAUCUGAAGAGGCACAAUACCCUGCUGGACAAUGAAAAACUUAAGCUUUCUGCAGAGCUGAACCAGGUGCAGACCAAGUUGGCCCAGGUGCAGCAAAGUCUUCACACUCAGAUUACAAGUUCAGAACGUCAGGAGCAAAAAAUCAGGGAGCUGGAGCUGGAGCUGGCACGCCACUUAGCCAAUCGCAGCGUUGCCAGCAGUCUGCAAGAGGAGUUGGAGGCUGAGAGGGCACAGGUCAUUACUGCUGACAAAAAGGUGCUGGAGCUGCAAAAGCAGCUCAAGACAACCCAGCACCAGCUGCGCAUUGAGGAAGCUCGGGCCUGUGAGAGGAGCCGUCUAGAAAGAGACAGCAAGGAUCUAGCUGACACCUUGUCCUCCCUGAAAGCACAGCAGCAGGAGGACCAGAUUAAAAGGAAGCUCGUAGAGCAGCGCGAGGAGGAGCUCCAGCACCAGGUACGUUCCUUGAGGUUGAAGGAGGCGACGCUCACCAGUACCAAUGCCGAACUCGGCCACCGAGCACAACAGCUGGAGGCAGAACUCAACAGGGCCCGAGAGGAGAUAAGAGAUGACCAAGCAUCUUGUCGCAGACUAAAGGACGAUCUAGUGGCCAGUCAGCUCGAAUGUGAUAGAAUGCAGGGAGAGCUCAAACAGGUUUUCCUGCAACUGAACACCCAUGUCAGAAAGUACAAUGAAAAACAGAAUCGACACAAGACCAAACUACAUCAGGCCAAACAGGUCUUUCUCCAAGCCACUACAGAGCGGGACAACACCAUCCAGAAACUGGAGAACGACUUGGCCCUGGCCGCCAAUCUCUCACACAAGGCAAAGGAGAGCAUCCAUAAUGUGAUGGAGGAAAAUGAAAAGCUUCUAGAGGAGAGGAGGAAGCUAUUGCUGAAGAUAAGUGAGGUGGAGGAAACAGGCAACAGUAGCAUGAGGACUGCGUCCACCAUCCAACAUAGGGUCAACGUCUUGGAGGCAGAAAAUGGGCGACUCCAGGAUCAAACUCUGAGGCUGUCCAAUCAAGUCAGUUCCUUGGAGCGUGCCCUGAGGAACGCCCAGUCAUUCAACAGCAAUGAGAAUUCCAAGAAAGUUCUUUGUCAAAGCAUCCUGCAAGCAUCCAAUUUAAGCUUCACGUCUGGUUCCUAUGACCCCGGGGAGUUGUUGGACGCAGUAUCUCACACCAAGUUUGAGCAUGUGUCAGACAGCGCUCGACCAUCGGUCUCAACGCAGCACCCGUCAGAACAAGGUUACUUGAACGUUGUCUCGCCGCUGUUUCCACCUGACAGUACCCUGAGGAGUCCAACUCGCGGCGGUGAUGUGUGAGAGACACCACAAGCUGAUGACAAGAAGAGAAAGGGUAAAAUCCAAGUGGAAUCAAAAUACUGUUAUAAUAAUUAGAGUAUACUAUUAUAAUGACAAAGGACUUCCUCUGCAGUUUUUAAAAAGUGGUAUUAAAAUGUUAUCUUAUUAUGUUAUGUUAAUAGAACAACAUAGGAUAAAGAACAUCAGGCCAGUGAAUGUUGAAGUGAUGUCUGAGAUUUAAAACUGAGCACUUUAUUAAGCAUUACCGUAUGUUUACAAUUAGGAAAAUGUAGCUUUGAGAUUUACAUUUGUAUCCUUUUCAUCCUCAGUUUUGAUUAUUUUUUUUUUUUUGCCAGUGUUAUAUUCCAUUUUAGCGAUAACGUUGUGAACACAUUUGCUUUGUAAAAGUCUGUGUAACUCUCCAUGCCGUAAUAUGCACUGAUAGGCUAAAAUAUUCUGAUGACCUGCAUAAUGUUAUGAUAGCCAAUACAAGAGCAGCAUCAAAUGUUGUGAAUUUAUUCAUGUAUAGAGCGUGAAUUAAGAAUGAAUGCAUGAUUAAUAGGGACGAAAACAGCAACUAACUUCCACGUUCGGCAAACAUUGAAGUACUUCCGUCCAGUUCAGGGAAACGAUGGCAGCCUAUCGCAGCUUACGCACUUGUACAAACUUCAAACGUCUACAAUUCUUUUUGUUUGACACAAGACGUCUUCAAGAGCUGCCAAAGAUGGCAAUAUCCGAUGCUAAGGCUUUGUUCAGUUUACAUAUUUCAUAUUUUAUAGGUAUACACUAAAUUAUAGUCGUAUUAAACUUUAGUCUGAAGACAGCAGCCAUAAAGAAAAUAACAUUUUAGCAAGUUCAGUUUCAAAUCAUGUCAUCAACUUGUAAGUUAGCUGUCGCGGCAUACAUGGAAGGUUUCCUGACCUGUUUUCUGGGUUUGGUCAUGUGACGUUCCGCACGUUGCGGAUCAAGAGUAUAAGCAGUGUUUCAGCACUUUCUGUCUAAUGAGAAAAAGUCGACUUUCAAUAAAUGAUACAAACGUAACCGUAGGCUAGUUUGAAUUGACCCUAGUUUGAAUCUUCUUCUUUUCCUUUCGGCUUGUCCCGAUUAGGAGUCGCCACAGUGUGUCAUCUUUUUCCAUCUAAGCCUAUCUCGUGCAUCUUCCUCUCAAACAGCCACAGUCUUCAUGUCCUCACUCACCACAUCCAUCAACCAUUUAUUUUGUCUUUCUCUCACUCUUUUGCCUGGCAGCUCCAUCCUCAGCACCCUUCUACCAAUUUCUCACUCUCUCGCCUCUGGACAUGUCCAAACCAUCGAAGUCUGCUCUCUCGAACCUUCUCCAAAACAUCCAACUUUGGCUGUCCCUCUAAUGAGCUUAUUUCUAAUCCUAUCCAACCUGCUCACUCCAAGCGAGAACCUCAACAUCUUCAUUUCUGCUACCUCAUGUUCUGCUCCCUGUUGUCUCUUCAGUGCCACCGUUUCUAAUUUGUACUUCAUGGCCGGCCUCACCGCUGUUUUAUAGACUUUGCUCUUCAUCCUCGCCGAGACUCUUCUGUCACAUAGAACAUCAGACACCUUCCGACAACUCUUCAACCCCACUUGGACCCUUUUCUUCACUUCUUUACCACACUCUCCAGUGCUCUGUAUUGUUGACCCCAAGUAUUUGAAGUCGUCCACCUUCGCUAUCUCUUCUCCCUGGAGCUUCACUCUUCCCCCACUGCCCCUCAUUCACGCACGUAUAUUCUGUUUCACUUUGACUAAUCUUCAUUCCUCUCCUUUCCAGUACGUGCCUCCAUCUUUCUAAUUGUUCCUCCAACUGCUCCCUGCUUUCACUCCAGAUCACAAUAUCAUCGGCAAACAUCAUGGUCCAAGGGGACUCCAGCCUAACCUCAUCUGUCAGCCUAUCCAUUACUACCGCAAACAGGAAGGCGCUCAGAGUGAAUCCCUGAUGCAGUCCCACCUCCACCUUAAAUUCUUCUGACACACUUACGGCAUAUCUCACCGCUGUUCUGCUGCCCUCAUACAUGUCCUGUACUAUUCUUACAUAUUUCUCCGCCACACCAGACUUGCACAUCCAGUACCACAGUUCCUCUCUUGGUGCUCUCUAAGUUUACAAAGACACAAUGACUCCUUCUGACCUUCUCUGUACUUUUCCACGAGCAUCUUCAAGGCAAAUAAUGCAUCUGUGGUACUCUUUCUAGGCAUGAAACCAUACUGUUGCUCGCAUAUACUUACUCCUGUCCAGAGUCUAGCCUCCACUACUCUUUCCCAUAACUUCAUUGUGUGGCUCAUCCUCUGUAGUUCCCACAGCUCUGAACAUCGCCUUUGUUCUUACAAAUGGGAACUAGAACACUUUUUCUCCAUUCUUCAGGCAUCUUCUCUCCCACUAGUAUUCUAUUGAAUAAGUUGGUCAAAAACUCCACAGCCACCUCAACAAAUUGCUUCCAUACCUCCACUGGUAUGUCAUCAGGACCAACUGUCUUUCCAUUUCUCAUCUUGUUCAGUGCCUUUCUAAAUUCCCCCUGACUCAUCAUUGCCACUUCCUGGUCAUUCACGCUUGCCUCUUCUACUCUUCCUUCGCUCCCAUUUUCUUCAUUCAUUAACUUCUCAAAAUACUCUUUCUAUCUACUUAGCACACUACGGGCACCAGUCAUCACAUUUCCAUCGCUAUCCUUAAUCACCUUUACUUGCUGCACAUCCUUCCCAUCUCUAUGCCUCUGUCUGGCCAACCUGUAGAGCUCCUUUUCUCCUUCUUUCGUAUCCAACCUGGUGUACAUGUCGUCAUAUGCCUCUUGUUUAGCCUUUGCCACCUCUACCUUUGCCCUACGUCGCAUCUCAAUGUACUCCUUUCACUUCUCCUCAGUCCUCUCCAUGGCCCACUUCUUCUUUGCUAAUCUCUUUCUUUGGAUGACUUCCUGUAUUUUAGGGUUCCACCACCAAGUCUCCUUCUCCUCUUUCCUACCAGAAGACGCCCCGAGUACUCUCCUGCCUGCCUCUCUGAAUACCUUGGCAGUGGUAUUCCAGUUUUCUGGGAGCUCUUCCUGUCCAUCGAGAGCCUGUCUCGCCUCUUUCCGAAAGGCCACACAACAUUCUUCCUGUCUCAACUCCCACCACCCGAUUUUCUGCUCUACCUUUGUCUUCUUAGUCUUCCUACCCGCUACCAGUCAUUCUUCACACCACCAUCCUAUGCUAUCGAGCUACACUCUCCCCCACUACAACCUUACAAUCAGUGACCUUCAAAUUACAUCAUCUGCACAAAAUCUAGUCCAAUUGCAUGCUUCUGCCUCCGCUCUUGUAGGUCACUCUAUGUUCCUGUCUCUUCUGGAAAUAAGUGUUCACCAUUGCCAAUUCUAUCCUUUAAGCGAAGUCCACCACCAUCUUACCCUCAAAAUUCCUUUUGCUGAAUGCCGUACUUACCCAUCACUUCUUCAUCGCCCCUGUUUCCUUCGCCAUCAUGUCCAUUGAAAUCUGCACCAAUCACAACUCUCUCUCUGACUGGGAUGCUCAGGACUUCUUCGUCUAGUUCCUUCCAGAAUUUCUCUUUCAACUCUUAAGUCACAUCCUACUUGUGGGGCAUAGCCGCUAAUCACAUUAUACAAUCCACCCUCACUUUCAAAUUUCAGCCUCAUCACUUGAUCUGAUACUAUUUUCACCACCAAUACAUUCUUAGCCAGGUCUUCCUUUAGAAUAACCCCUACUAAAUUUCUCUUGCCAUCUACUCCAUGGUAAAAUAAUUUAAACCUUCCACCUAAACUUCUAGCCUUACUCCCUUUCCAUCUGCUCUGUUGGAUGCACAAUAUAUCAACCUUUCUCCUAAUCAUCAUGUCCACUAACUCCUGAGCUUUUCCAGUCAUCGUCCCAACAUUCAAAGUCCCUACACACAGCUGUAGAUUCUGUGCAUUUCUCUUCUUGUUCUGCUGACUAAGCCACUUUCCUCCCCUUUUUGUGCCUUCGACCUACAUUAUCUGAAUUUCUACCUACGCCUAGCAGGUUAACAGUGCCGGGGGGCAGGCGUAUUUAGCCCGUGCCACGACCUAUCCGUUAUGGAAUUAGUUUGAUGAAUGCUCAUAUAUGUUUGGCACAGUUUUACGCCGGAUCCCCUUCCUAACGCAACCCUCUGUAUUUAUCCGGGGUUGGGACCGGCCUACAGGUCGCACAAUAUUGUGUUCCCCAAAAGGUUACAGAUAGUACCGCCUCGUUUGAAUACAAACAGAAAACUUUAAUCAGCCUUUUGCGGUAGUGGUUCCACUCACGCAGCCAAGGAACUGUUGGUGAUUUUGCGUUCCCUUGAUCAGGCAAAAGGUUAGUUAACAUACACUGUCUCUUGAGGUCCAAGUAGAAGAGCCAAGUGACAUGCAGUCUUCUUCAAAGAGGAUGGUCUACAAAAGUGUGUCUUGUCACCCACCUCUACCUGAAAUUCUGAUGAGAUAAACAAGGUUACAAUACAUCAUUGACCUUUUUUGUCACAGUGGCGUUGGAGAUUCAGGGCGGCCAGCUACAGCACCCUAAACGUAAUAUUCUGUUUUAUUGACUCAUUCAGAUUGCAUUGUAUUAAUUUAACAAUAUUUUCCAAAUAUUUGAUGCGGCUCUUUAUUGUGCAAGUGGUCAUGAUGUUGUGGCUGGUUUGUAAAUUGAGUACCAGGUUUCUCUCCACUGCUGUCGCCGUUCCAGUAUUUGACGCUCUGAGCUCAUUAUAAACCUUGAAAGAGAAAGUGAAGGUUACAUCUUUUAUAUUUUCUGAGUCUCCCCAGCAUGAUUUACAGUAUUUGGUCAUUCCCCGGAGGCUCUGUUAGACGUUAUUGCACUUGAUCAAGCGCUGAGAGGCCUUUGAACAAUCCAAUCACCACUUGUAAUUAUAAUUUACAAUAGCUAUAGAAGAAACGUUUGUCCUAAAUGUGCCAAAAUAACAAAGUGUGACUUUGUUUUGCUCCUAUGUGAAAUGGAUGAGAAAUGGCAGUGUGCACGAAAUUCCCCCAAAACUUUGACCAUUGUGUUUUUUUUAAAGCUAUUUUCAUAAAUAAAGAACACUAAACGGAAAUGUGCUUUUGCAUCUUGCACUGCAUGCAGACAGUCACUUU